GUGGGGUGAGGGCCCAGCUAUCAACCACACACUUUAUGCAGCUUCAUAUUCCUUUACAGCCUAUAGCAGGUCUGGGGCCAGCAUGUCACGGUGACCUAGAUGCAACGCCGUGUAACGAGAACAGGCGAUUUCUUGCGACUACAGCACUCAAGAACUGGUCACCAUGAUCUGUGGCGGUGAAUCAAAGGUUGAGGACAUCUCCCCAAUUUUAGACGUACAAAAAAAGAUACAGGACUGGGCAUGGGAUCAAUUCGUCGACAAAGCAACUUUUUGGAGAAAACACUUCAUCAGAAGAAAAGAUUACGAUGUUGAUGUCCCAAUGAACUAUUACCAGUUUGAAGACCUGGCUACUAAGCUUGAAGACACGAAAUCCAAAUCCGAAGCUGCGCCAAGGCCUAAGCAUGGGGACCAGCUUCCUAACACAUCCAUCCUAUCCACAGACUAUCAGAAUGACACCAACAGGGAUCAGAUCUAUAAAUUCAGGAUGGAACGGGCAAGAACAGCCUCAGUGAACGUCACAUUCCAGACAGGAUUUUCCAUCGGGGGCUCGGCAAACUUUUCUAUUGGAGUUGCAGAGGCAGGACUGGAAACACGUCUCGAGAUCUCUAAAACUACCGGUCAGACGUUUGAAGAAACGCUGACAUUUGAAACGACCAGUGAUAUCAACGUUGAAGCUAACACUUACUGCACUGCGCAAGUAGUAUUCACAGAAAAGGAAAUUUGUAAAAAGUUCAGGGUUGAGACGAUCAUGAGGAUGCCGUCAGGAUCUGCUCCGGUGUUCAUCCGACGAAAGAAGGAUCAGGAGCUAGUUUCUUCCUUUUCAAUUGGAGACCUUCAGCAAAUCUUUGAGAAGCAAAUACAAAAGAAGCAGAUUGAAGUUGUGGAUGAGACAGAGAGGGGAGACGAGUACAAGAAGUACGCCAUGAAGUUGACCACUACAGGAAUCAUCGAGGGCAUGAAACUAUCGGGACAAACAGUUAAGCUGCAUUCUGAAGCCAUCGACAAGAAUAAGAGGCCUAAGAAGCAGACCGACAGUCAGGUCUUAGCAGACCACUUGUCGCGUCAAGAUACUCAUAAGCUUUAGGGCUGAACAAUUCACAAAUGUUUUUCAUGGUUACAACAGCAAUAGAAAAGAUUACGAUGUUGAUGUCCCAACGAACUAUUACCAGUUUGAAGACCUGGAUACUAUGCUUGAAGACACGAAAUCUAAAUCCGAAGCUGCGCCAAGACCUAAGCAUGGGGACCAACUUCCUAACACAUCCAUCCUUAGAAGCAGAGCGACAGUCAGGUCUUAGCACGCCACAUGUCACGUCAAGAUACUGAUAAGCGUCAGGGCUGAACAAUUCACAAAUGGUUUUCAUGGUUACAAUAGCCUUUUUUUAGUUGCCUGUUACAUUUCACCCCCCACUUAAACCAUGCAUUUACAUUAUUUUUUCCAGUUAGCAAAGGUACGAAUGGCUGCAUACUGUCAUGUGAAUACCAUUGAUUGCCUCCGAAUUCAACAGUCCAAUUUGUUGGCAUGUUGAAUCAAAGCUAGUUGCACAGGUGUAAAUGCUUCAUAAGAGGCUAUCGAGGCUUAGCUACUAGUUAGCCACAAUAUAAAAAUCAUGUAUGAACAUUAACCUAUUCCAAAUAGUUUAUUUCAAACACACGUUUUUUUGCUUUACAAAUAAUAUAUUAUGAUCUGGACUUGUGCCCUACAUGUGCAGCGCUGCAGAAAAGAUAUUGCAUUGCUUUUAUAUGAAGAUUUUAUAUCAUGUCUGUUCAUUUCUAAAACACAGGUGCUUUCCGCUUUUACAUUGAUAUCCUUUUAUAAGCUACUCAAAACAAUACAAUGAAUGAACAAAAAACAUUCAUUCGCUAACAUCUUUUCAUUUGUUACAACAUUAAAAAAUAAAGAA